GUCACACACAGUGCCACGUAAGCAGUGCCACAUCAUCAGUGCCACGUCAGCAGUGCCACGUCAGCAACAUGACGGGCCUGCCAGGCCAACUGGCCAAUGAGCCCAUUGCCGACUACAAAAAGCGCUUCCAGGCUCAGCUCGUUGCAAUCGAGGCUCAGCUCGUUGCAAUCGAGGCCGAGGAACAAUGCCAGCUCGCAGUCAAGGCUGCCCAGCUACAGGCUGAAGAAGCGGCAACAGCAGAGAAGCUGCGGCUACAGGCCGAAGCAGACGCAGAUGCCCAGGCUCGCCGCAAGGAAGCCCAGGAUCUGCUGCUGCGGCAUGAAGCCAACAGCAUCGAGAGACUCAAGUUUUGGCACUUUAAACCGAACGGCGACGAGGCAACACCGGAAGAGAAGCAUAGGGAGUUCCUCUCCAAACUCGUGACACAGUUGUUGUGUGCUUGCAACUACCAACGGUCCGAGUUGGAGAAGCAGUACCAUAACCUGACGCAACAGCAUCAGGAGUUGGCAAAGCUCCGCCAUACAGUGCAGAGCCACGAGGAUGCAACUCGGGCACUCAAUGCCCGAUUGCUGGACCUGGAACAGGCUGUACCAGGACCAGCUGCUGGGGCUUCCAGCAGUGCAUCCUCUAACCGCCAACUGGAGGAACGCGUUGACCACGUAGUGGAAAUGCUCGACGACAUCAGCACCUUCGCUGCGCCGACCACCAUCAGUAGUCAGCUGCAUACCUUGAAGACCGAGGUCCAGCAGUUGCAGUCGACGAACGCGGAGGACAAUCCGAAGAUGUACAAGAUGCCAACUUUCCAACUGGACAAAUUCGACGACUACACGCAGCAGGAUCCGGUCCUCUGGUGGGAAGCAUUCACAAUGCAACUCAGGAUUCUGCCCGUAGCCAAGCAUGCGUACAUCGGCGCCCUGUUCCUGAACUCAAAGGGCGGAUGCCAGACCUGGUUGAGCCACCUGGCAACCUCUCACGGCGUCGACGUACCGGACUUGAAGGACAAAAUCACAUGGGAGGAACUGACACGGUUGUGGAAGAAGCGGUUCAUCGUCCACGACGCGCCGACACUCGCCAUCAACCGUUUGUUCACCAUGUCACAGGGCAACACUGCAACACGGGAUUGGCUCACGGAGUGGCAGAAGAUUGCCGCGGUGCCCAAUCUAGAAUUGGCAUUCACGCAUCUACGCCGUGAGUUCUACAACAGGUCCUGUGCGGCAUUGAGCCAGGCUCUUGGUGAUCGCGAGCAAUACGCAACCUUCGCUGAGAUCAUUGACAAGGCGAGGGAAAUCAUCAAGACCAACAGGUCAGCUGCACACAAGAGGUCAACAUGGCAGCCAACCUAUGUGGAGAAGGUACGAACUGGUCCGCGACAACAGCACUUCGCUGCAGUCCUGUCGGACAGUGGAGAUAACCCAGCAGCCACUCCAGCAUCAAGUGACGGAGAUCAGGUGGCUGUUGUCCAGCCGCGAAGCAACAACAAGUCCCGCAACAAUGGGAAGGCGAAAUCCGCAUCGCAGGCCGGAAAUGGACAGCCAGUACAAGUUCCAUGGGUCAAGUUCGGCUUGACCGAGGUGGAGUACAAGGUCCGCGGCCGCUACGGCAGCUGCUAUUGGUGCAACAGCACCAAGCACAAGACCUCCCUGUGCCAGGAUCAAGGCAAGGAGGAUGUGCGACCCCGCCUCAGCUCGGGAAACUGAGUUCCGCGGAAGGCGUCCGGCACAACAAUGAAACCAAGUUCGGCUC